CACCAUAUUGUUUUUUACAUAAGCAAAUCUGCAGGGGACAAACACAUGAAGACAGAGAAUUUCUCUGCUGUGACCGAAUUCUUUCUGGUGGGACUUUCCAGAUACCCAGAACUCCAGCAAACUUUGUUCAUGCUCUGCAUCAUCAUGUACCUUAUAAUCCUUCUGGGAAAUAGCCUCCUUAUUAUCAUAAGUGUCCUGGAUUCUCGCCUCCACACUCCCAUGUACUUCUUUCUUGGAAACCUCUCAUUCUUGGACAUCUGUUACACUUCCUCUUUUGUUCCUUCAAUGCUCAUUAUAUUUAGGGCUGGAAGAACUUCCAUUUCCUUCCUUGGCUGUGCUCUACAGAUGGUUAUCUCCCUUGGCUUGGGUUGCACUGAGUGUAUCCUCCUUGCUGUGAUGGCCUAUGACCGAUAUGUGGCCAUCUGCAAUCCACUGAGGUAUCCCAUCAUCAUGAACAAGGUACGAUAUGUACACAUGGCUGCGUGGUCCUGGAUCACAGGCUGUGGGGACUCUAUAGCGCAUACAGUCAUGACAAUGAUAUUGCCUUUCUGUGGGAAUAAUAUCAUUGACCAUCUAACUUGUGAAUUGCUGGCUGUUCUUAAACUCAUAUGUGCAGAUAUCACCCUUAAUAUGCUUACCUUGAGAGUGGGAGGUAUUGUUAUACUGAUUAUUCCUCUACUAUCAAUUUUUAUUUCUUAUGUUUUCAUUCUCUCUGCCAUCCAGAGACUUAACUCUGCUCAAGGGAAAAAGAAAGCCUUUUCUACAUGUUCAGCCCACCUGACUGUGGUCAUUCUAUUUUAUGGUUCUGCCCUUUUUAUGUACAUGAAGCCCAAGUCAAAAGACACAAAGAUAUCUGAUGAGAUCAUCAUGUUGUUUUAUGGAAUUGUAACACCAAUGUUAAACCCCAUCAUUUACAGCCUAAGGAAUACGGAUGUCAAAGAGGCUGCAAAGAUAAUUCUGAGCAGACACCUGCAUUUAUUUAAAAUAUGA